GAGGGGCCAGUCACGUGACGUGGCUUUGUAGGAUCCGUGUGAGUGUGAGCUAGUGAGAAAGGUAGCUCAACUCAACUGCGGCGGAGCGGAGCUACCAAGAAUUCCCCAGUUCCCGCACCAAAAAUCACACAAACAAAUACACACACCCCCACUCUCAAAUCCCAUCUCUCUCUCUCUCUUCCAAUCAAUCAUCAAUCUAUACUGAUUUUCUGUGUGUAUAUAGAUAGAUAGAUAGAUAGCAGUAAGAUAUAAAGAUGAUGUUGAUUAGAACAAUUUGUCCGAAUCGACGCCCACUGUUGUCGAUGAUCCUGAACCUGCAUUCGUCCUCGUAUUCUUCUUGUGCUGAAAUUCAAGCAGAGCGAACGAUCAGAGAUGGUCCCAGACACGAUUGGACGCGGGAUGAAAUCAAAUCCAUCUACGACUCCCCUCUUCUCGAUCUCCUCUUCCAUGGGGCUCAAGUUCAUAGACAUGCUCAUAACUUUAGGGAAGUGCAGCAGUGUACUCUUCUAUCUAUAAAGACAGGUGGAUGCAGUGAAGAUUGUUCUUAUUGCCCUCAAUCCUCCAGGUAUAACACUGGAUUGAAAGCCCAAAAGCUUAUGAACAAGGAAGCUGUUCUUGAGGCAGCACAAAAGGCAAAGGAAGCUGGUAGCACUCGUUUUUGCAUGGGUGCUGCAUGGAGAGACACAAUAGGAAGGAAGACCAACUUCAACCAGAUUCUUGAAUAUGUGAAAGAAAUAAGGGAAAUGGGGAUGGAGGUCUGCUGUACCUUGGGAAUGCUCGAGAAACAGCAAGCUUUGGAAUUGAAGAAGGCAGGCCUUACAGCUUAUAACCACAAUCUUGAUACCUCAAGAGAGUAUUACCCUAAUAUUAUAACCACAAGAUCAUAUGAUGAACGUUUGGAAACCCUUGCAUAUGUUCGUGAAGCGGGGAUCAAUGUCUGCUCAGGAGGAAUAAUAGGGCUAGGAGAAGCAGAGGAGGACCGAGUUGGUUUGUUGCAUACACUUGCAACACUCCCUGCACAUCCAGAGAGUGUUCCCAUCAAUGCACUGGUUUCAGUUAAAGGCACACCUCUCGAAGAUCAGAAGCCAGUUGAGAUAUGGGAGAUGAUUAGGAUGAUUGGCACAGCCCGUAUCGUUAUGCCGAAAGCAAUGGUCAGGUUGUCAGCCGGAAGAGUUCGGUUCUCCAUGCCGGAGCAGACACUCUGCUUUUUGGCUGGUGCAAAUUCCAUCUUCACCGGCGAGAAGUUGCUGACAACUCCCAACAAUGAUUUUGAUGCUGAUCAACAAAUGUUCAAGGUGCUUGGACUGCUCCCAAAAGCUCCCAGUUUUUCUGAUGAUGAUUUCGAAGCAGAAAAUUGUGCAAAAGCCGUGUCUAGUUCUGGUUGAGAUAGAUAGAUACAGCUUUAUCACAGGGACGUACUUGGUCACCUCUCUGCAAUGAAAAAGCUUCUUUCUACCUCCUCGCAAAUGUGGAUAUUCAUUUGGUCCAAUAAUGUCACAAUUUCACUGGAAGAUUAUUUGAUCAAACCAUUUCUCGUGGAUAUUGUUAGUAGGGACUACUAGGAUAGAAAAUUGUUUGGGUUGGUGUACCCAAAAUUGCCCAAUUAAUUAAUGGGUUUUGAUGGGUCAGUUUAAUUCAGGUUUGUUUACAGAUAUGGACCUAAAUUAUCCAUUUAGGGUUAGGUUAAAUCAGGUUGGUUUGGAAGCAUGGAUCGGAAUGACCCAUUUACCCUGCACCUUUGUUCUGCUCCCUCCCUCUAUUUGUUUCCUCCUUUUUUUCUUUUUUUGAGAUAAAAGUCUCAACUGUUGAUUAAUAAUCAUUAUCAUAAGGAUAGCUGUCCGCCAAACCCUUUAACCACU